AUGGCAACAGAAAGAGUAACUUUGAGUGAUGCCUUAUCAAACGUUGAUGUACUCGAUGAAUUAACUUUGCCCGAUGAACAGCCCUGCAUUGAAGCUCAACCUUGUUCUGUUGUUUAUCAGGCAAAUUUUGAUACAAAUUUUGAAGACCGCAAUGGUUUUGUCACCGGUAUUGCUAAAUACAUUGAAGAAGCCACUAUUCAUUCCAGUUUGAAUGAGUUGCUGGAUGAAGGUUUAGAACAUGCUGUAAUGUUAUACACAUGGAGAUGUUGCUCUCGAGCAAUUCCUCAGCCAAAAUCUAAUGAACAACCUAAUCGAGCAGAAAUUUAUGAAAAAACAGUCGAAGUUCUCGCUCCUGAAGUUAAUAAACUUUUAAAUUUUAUGUAUUUUCAGAGAAAAGCAAUAGAAAGAUUUUCUGCAGAGGUUAAAAGAUUAUGUCAUCAAGAAAAGAGAAAAGAUUUUGUUUCAGAAGCAUAUUUACUGACUCUUGGAAAAUUCAUUAAUAUGUUUGCAGUUUUGGAUGAACUUAAAAAUAUGAAGUCAAGUGUCAAAAAUGAUUACUCUACUUAUAGGAGAGCUGCUCAAUUUUUAAAAGUAAUGGCCGAUUCUCAGACUCUUCAAGAGUCUCAAAAUUUAUCCAUGUUUUUAGCAACACAAAACAAAAUAAGAGAUACUGUUAAAGAAAAUUUGGAAAAAAUUUCUGGUUAUGAAGAACUGUUGACUGAUGUUGUGAAUCUUUGCGUUCACAUGUUAGAAAAUAAGUUGUAUUUAGCUCCGAGUGAAAAGCAUAUGCUUGUAAAAGUUAUGGGAUUUAGUUUGUUUUUAAUGGAUACUGAUUUAUGUAACAUAAAUAAACUGGAUACUAAAAAAAAAUUAAAACUAGAAAAAAUCGAUAGAAUUUUUAAGAAUCUUGAAGUUGUUCCAUUAUUUGGAGACAUGCAAAUAGCUCCUUUUAAUUACAUAAAAAGAUCAAAACAUUUCGAUCCGAGUAAGUGGCCACUAUCAAGUUCGAACACCAUAAGUCCUCAAGCUGAUUUAAUGGUUCAUUUGCCACAAAUAAGAGAAGAUCAUGUGAAAUAUAUUAGUGAAUUAGCUAGAUACAGUAACGAGGAAACAACAACGUAUAAAAGUGUUAAAACCGAUCAGGAAAUCAAAGAUACUUCUGAUUUGGCCCUUCGCGGUUUACAACUACUGUCUGAGUGGAGCAGCGUAGUGACAGAACUGUAUUCGUGGAAAUUAUUACAUCCAACGGACCACCAUCAAAAUAAGGAUUGUCCUCCCGAAGCUGAAGAAUAUGAGAGAGCAACGAGAUAUAAUUACACGGAUGAAGAAAAAUUUGCGUUAAUUGAAGUCAUCGCCAUGAUUAAAGGAUUACAAGUUUUAAUGUCACGAAUGGAAACUGUAUUCACGGACGCCAUUAAAAAAAAUAUUUUCAGUCAAUUACAAGAUUUUGUUCAGCGCGAUUUGAGAGAACCUCUAAGAAAAGCAAUAAAAAACAAAAAGGAUCUAAUAAGAAGCAUACUUGUAUCGGUACGAGAAACUUGCGCAGAUUGGCAGGGUGGAAUGGAACCACAAGAUGAUCCGGCUUUGAAAGGGAAAAAAGAUCAAGAUAAUGGAUUUAAACUAAAAGUUCCUAGACGAACCGUCGGUCCAUCCUCGACGCAAUUAUAUAUGGUCAGAACUAUGUUGGAGUCUUUAAUUGCUGAUAAAUCUGGAGGCAAAAGAACAUUGCGAAAAGAUAUAGACGGUCAAUAUCUAAUGCAAAUUGAUCAAUUUCACAAAGCUUCAUUUUAUUGGAGUUACAUAUUAAAAUUUAGUGAAUCGCUACAACAAUGUUGCGAUCUUUCCCAACUUUGGUAUCGUGAAUUUUAUUUGGAAAUGACAAUGGGUAGAAGGAUACAGAAAUGCACAGUGCGGCAUCAACAUAACGAAGAAUGCAGUGAUCUCAUCACAAUGGAAAAACGAAUUCAGUUUCCAAUAGAAAUGUCAAUGCCUUGGAUUUUAACCGAUCACAUAUUGAGAACAAAAGAGCCAUCGAUGAUGGAGUACGUUUUAUAUCCGUUGGAUUUGUACAACGACAGUGCACAAUGGGCUUUAACAAUAUUCCGAAAACAAUUUUUAUACGACGAAGUCGAAGCCGAAGUUAAUUUAUGUUUCGAUCAAUUCGUGUAUAAACUUUCCGAACAAAUUUUUUCACAUUACAAACAAUUGGCUGCCAGUAUUUUACUCGACAAACGGUUUCGUGCGGAAUGCGUCGCGAUGGGCACUUACUUGCAUUACCCGAGAGCAAACAGAUACGAAACAUUGUUGAAACAAAGACACGUGCAAUUAUUGGGACGAUCCAUCGAUUUGAACAAAUUAAUAACGCAAAGAAUAAACGCGGAUAUGCAAAAAUCAUUAGAUUUGGCCAUUAGUAAAUUCGAAGCCGGCGACAUUACCGGCGUGGUCGAACUCGACGGAAUACUACAAGUCAAUAAAUUAUGUCAUAAAUUAUUAUCCAAGCUUUUAGCGUUAGACGAUUACGAUGCUAUGUUUAGAGAGGCCAAUCAUAACGUAUUGGCUCCCUACGGUAGAAUAACCCUUCACGUAUUUUGGGAGUUGAAUUACGAUUUCCUUCCUAAUUAUUGCUACAACGCUGCCACUAACAGAUUUGUUAAAACGCGAGGAAUUCAAUUUGCUCAGCCUGUUCAUCGAGACAAACCUCCGUUGAUGGGUCAUCAAUAUUUGUGGGGUUCGAAACAAUUAAAUUUGGCUUAUUCCACAAUAUACGGUCAAUACACUGGAUUUGUCGGCUCCUACCAUUUUAGAAUGAUGUGUCGAUUACUCGGAUAUCAGGGUAUAGCCGUCGUCAUGGAAGAACUUUUGAAGAUAGUAAAAUUGCUCAUUCAAGGAAAUCUGUUACAAUUCACGAAAACUCUUAUGGAUGCGAUGCCGAAAAUAUGUAAACUACCGAGAUACGAUUACGGGUCUCCCGGGGUUUUGCAAUAUUAUCACGCGCAGUUGAACGAUAUUGUCCAGUAUCCGGAUGCGAAAACGGAAUUGUUUCAUAACUUUAGAGAAUUAGGGAAUACAAUAAUAUUUUGCUUAUUGAUGGAACAAGCUCUCAGUCAGGAAGAAGUUUGCGAUUUACUUCACGCCGCUCCGUUUCAAAACAUUUUGCCUCGUCCUCAUUGCAAAGAGGGAGAAAAGCCAGAAAAUAAACAAAAAAGACUGGAACAAAAAUAUGCUUCCUUGCAAAUAGUGCCUAAUAUUGAACGUUUAGGUUCCGCUAAGCAAGCGUUAAUUGCAAGAGAAGGAGAUUUGUUAACUCGUGAAAGACUGUGUUGUGGUUUGUCAAUUUUCGAAGUGGUUCUUAAUCGGUUGAGAAGUUUUCUCGAUGAUUCGACAUGGGUCGGUCCGCCUCCUACCAAUGGAGUCAUUAAUGUUGAUGAAUGUAGCGAAUUCCAUAGAUUAUGGUCCGCUUUACAAUUCGUUUAUUGCAUUCCAGUUGGAGAUACAGAAUUUACAGUAGAAGAGUUGUUUGGAGAAGGCUUGAAUUGGGCCGGAUGUACAAUGAUAGUGUUAUUAGGUCAGCAGAGAAGAUUUGAAGCAUUGGAUUUUUGUUAUCAUAUUUUAAGAGUACAAAGAGUUGACGGGAAAGAUGAAAAUGUCAAAGGCAUCCAUUUGAAACGAAUGGUCGAUAGAAUAAGAAGAUUCCAGGUAUUAAAUUCACAAAUAUUUGCAGUUUUGAACAAGUACCUAAAGUCUAGUGACACGGACGUUAUGAGCGUCGAACACGUCAGAUGCUUUCCUCCUCCCAUACAUCCAUCAUUAGCGGCUCAAGCUCAUUAUCAUCGGCCUGAGCAUUUACGACAGGUUGUCCAACAUUAA